CCACGGCCAGGAUGACGUCGAGGUGCGGGAGGACACCGCCGCAAACCCCCCGGGCCAACAGGCCGCCGCGGAGCAGGGCGGCGCGGACGCGGCGGACGGGCUGCCGCUCGAGGAGCUCCGGGAGGCGCACCGGGCGCUGCUCAAGCAGAGCACGGCGCCCGUCAGCGGGAAGCUGGACUUCCUACGGCGGCUCAAGAACAAGCUGCUGCGACACAUUGCCUCCCUGAUGCCGCAGACGGCGAUGGCCCUGGCCGGCGUCGGCGGCGGGUCCCCCAGUGGCCAGGCUGAGGGCCGCGGCCACAAGGGCAUCGGCUUCCCCUCCAACGAGGGCACGCUCAUGUCUCUGGCCUUCCUCGUGUUCGCCGUCUUCCUCGUCAAGGUGGUGCUGCAACUCAUCUACGCCGUGCAGAACAGCCAGGCCAACGCGGCCGCCGCGGCCGGCGUGCGCGUCGCCCAGAUGCAGAUCCCCAGCCCGGUGAUGCCCGCCUCCAUGGGCACCAUGAUGGGCACCAUGAUGAACAUGGUCCCCGCCAUGAUGCCCCCCAUGAUGGCGGCCAUGGAGCCCGCCAUGGCCAUGCGGGGGAGGGCACGCCGGGAGGCGCACCAGACGGACGGGCUGCUCCGGAUCACCGCCAACGUCAUGGAGGCCAUCGGCAGGGCGCGAGACGGGUUGGCGAGGGUGGGUGAUGGGUAGCAGAUGGGCAACCAGACAAUGUGUGAUAGAAAAACAGGACGAUCUUUAAUAAGUGAUUUCAUAAUAAUCAGCAAAUAGUGGUACAAAUCAAUGCAAUCAGAGAGAUAGGACGUUUUGCCUUGAUAUGAAAAACAAAAUUGUAACAAAUUAAUUUUAAGUCAAUAAAUGUAAAAACUAC